UCCAUAAAUGUUUAUUUUUUCUACUUUUCUGUUGUGUUUUUUCGGGCUCAGAAGACCACCACCUGAGCCUAUAGGCUGACCUCGACAUGGCUCCCGAAAAGGAAAGUAAUGGUGUCAGCAACUAUGCAUUUACACUCGAAAAGCGUUUCUGUGAUCUUCCUGACACAAAACAUGGAGAAGCAUCGGACUCGUCGCUGCAUGGAGACAGCAACAAGUUAGCGUACUGCGUGACGGACGUUCCUCCCUGGUACCUGUGCAUCCUUCUGGGCAUCCAGCACUGUUUGACUGCAUUCGGGGGUAUCGUCGCCAUCCCGUUAAUCUUGUCUCAGGGCUUGUGUCUGCAUCAUGACGGCCUCACACAAAGCCACCUCAUCAGCACCAUCUUCUUCGUCUCUGGUCUUUGCACUCUGUUGCAGGUCACCUUUGGCAUCAGACUGCCCAUUCUCCAAGGUGGCACAUUCACAUUGCUGUUACCGUCCAUGGCAAUGCUCUCCAUGCCGGAGUGGACAUGUCCCGCUUGGACGCAAAAUGCGAGCCUGGUCAACACGUCCUCCCCUGAGUUCAUAGAAGUGUGGCAGAGUCGCAUGAGAGCACUACAGGGGUCCAUCAUGGUUGGCUCACUGUUCCAGGUGUUUGUCGGCUUCUCCGGCCUCAUUGGCCUCUUCAUGCGCUUCAUUGGUCCCCUCACCAUUGCUCCCACCAUCGCUCUCAUCGGACUCUCCCUGUUUGACUCAGCUGGUACCAGUGCUGGAUACCACUGGGGCAUCUCUGCCAUGACCACAGCACUGAUCAUCCUGUUCUCACAGUACCUCCGUCACAUCCCCGUGCCCUUUCCCAUGUACAGCAAAGAUAAAAAACUACACACCUCCCGUGUCUACGUCUUUCAGAUUCUCCCGGUAUUGCUCGGUGUCAGCUUGUCUUGGCUCGUGUGCUACAUUUUGACAAUAUACAAUGUGUUUCCUACUGAUCCAGACCAGUAUGGUUACAGAGCUCGCACUGAUCUAAAGGGAGACGUUAUGGGCCAAGCCCCCUGGUUCACCUUUCCUUACCCAGGUCAGUGGGGGGUCCCGACUGUGAGCCUGGCAGGGGUGGUUGGCAUCCUGGCUGGUGUGAUUUCCUCCAUGGUAGAGUCAGUAGGAGACUACCACGCUUGUGCCAGACUUUCUGGGGCUCCACCUCCCCCUAAACAUGCUAUCAACAGGGGUAUUGGGAUUGAAGGACUGGGCUGUCUGCUGGCUGGAGCCUGGGGAACUGGGAAUGGUACCACUUCAUACAGCGAGAAUGUCGGAGCCCUCGGUAUCACAAAGGUUGGCAGUCGCAUGGUGAUCGUGGCCGGUGGAGUCUUGAUGGUGAUCAUGGGUUUGUUCGGUAAAGUGGGCGCUAUAUUCACCACGAUCCCCUCCCCUGUGGUCGGAGGGAUGUUCCUGGUAAUGUUUGGAGUCAUAUCUGCUGCAGGAGUUUCUAAUCUGCAGUAUGCCGAUAUGAAUUCAUCUCGAAACAUCUUCAUUUUUGGCUUCUCCAUGUUCUCCGGUCUCGUCAUUCCCAACUGGAUAUUAAAGAAUCAACAAGCUAUUGCUACAGGUGUGGUUGAACUGGACCAGGUGCUGCAGGUUCUCCUGACCACCAGCAUGUUUGUGGGAGGUUUCUUUGGCUUCAUACUGGACAACACAAUUCCAGGAUCAAAGCAUGAACGAGGCAUCCUGGCCUGGAACAAGGCUCACGAGGACGACUCCAGCAACACUCUGGAGAGCGGAGAGGUCUACAACCUUCCCUUCGGCCUCAGCUCUUACUCGUCUUCGUCCUCCUGGCUCCGCUUCGUACCUUUCCUUCCUCCUGGUGUGUCCACCUCGCUGGUGAGCGACGCCCUGGAGUCAAAGCGGCCCCUAGGACAUCCGGAGCCUCCACAGCUCAUCAUCGGAGUCACUCUUUGA